AUGGAGGACAACGUCGAGAAGAUGAAUUUGGCCUUCAAGCAAAUUUUUGAGUCCUUUAAAUCUGAAAAUUUGAAAGAUUCUCAGCGAUGGACACUGCAAAACCAAGUUAAGGUCAAGAUGUGUUCAUUAGUCAAACAACGGGGUCUGGAAAAUCAUUGAUUUUUCAGGCUGCACCAAUUGUCUUUAACACAGUAAGACCUUUGUCAAGUAUGAAGUCGAUCCAACUUGUGAUUUCUCCCUAGACCUAUUAUGCAAGACCAAGUGUGGUACCUUAGGUCUGUGGGAAUCAAGGCCAAAUUUACUGGGGACGAACAGGAAAGCAAAGAGGCCAAUCAACAGGUGGAACGUGGGGACUGCCAAAUUGUGUAUGGCUCACCCGAGGCAUUUUUAUCUACCAAAAGAUGGCAGGCAAUGCUCAGCAAUGAUGCUUACAACAAGAGAUUGUGUUUGGUUGCAGCUGAUGAAGCUCACCGAUUUCUCACAGGUAAGACUAUUCACCAUAUCACGUUUCCCUCUGUACUUUUACUCUCGUCCUUUUGAAUUGUAAAAUAGCUUAUUUUUAAGAUGUGAGCUUAAAUACUCUUUCAAAUUGAAAAUUAGGAUGAGAUAAUCUAGCUGUGUAGAGUGUUUGAGACUUACAUGUGGUAUGUCAUAAUCGGAUGCAGUGCUAGGUCCAAUUUCCUCUCUCACUUUAUUUUAUUUAAACAUAUAUUACAAGAAGUCCAACACGACUUUUUUAUUUUAUGACAUACUUCAUUUCUUAGACAUGUUACAAUUACAUGGAUACAUAUUUAAUUGGUCUUCAGUUCUUCUCUGCUUAAUGCAGCAUGUACAUGCAGUAUGUGUUGUUGAUCAAAAUUACAGCUGAGGACAAUUUUCUGCCUAGGAUUAUUUCUAAGUUCCUGUGUCCUAAUUUUAAAUGUUUGAGAUCAUGAAUAUCUAG